CGCCGCCAAGACCGCAGCGCUGCUUUCCGCUCCUCCCCUUCCAAGUCGUCCCGGCAGGAGAUGCGUGGAUUUUGUGCUUGGGUUGGCGCCGUGAACCAAGAUAAAUGUUGGAAAGAAUUUAAGAAUGCAGUGACCUAUGAUGAUGUGCAUGUUGACUUCACUUGGGAAGAGUGGAAGUUGCUGGAUCCUUCACAAAGGAAUCUCUACAAAGAGGUGAUGCUGGAGACCUACAGGAACCUCAUUACUAUAGGAUACAGUUGGGAAGACCAUAAUAUUGAAGAACGUUGUCAAAGUUUCAGAAUUCAUGGAAGCCACAAAAGAAGCCAUACUGGAGAGAAACCCUAUGAAUGUAAUCAAUGUGGUAAAGGCUUUGCACAUCACCGUAAUCUUCAAAUGCAUAGAAGAACACAUACUGGAGAGAAACCCUAUGAAUGCAAUCAAUGUGGUAAAGCCUUUACACAACACAGUCAUCUUCAAAGACAUAAAAGAAUACAUACUGGAGAAAAACCUUAUGAAUGUAAUCAAUGUGGUAAAGCCUUUGCAGUACAUGGUAAUCUUCAAACACAUAAAAGAACACAUACUGGAGAAAAGCCCUAUGAAUGUAAUCACUGUGGUAAAGCUUUUACACAAUGCAGUUCUCUUCAAAUGCAUAAAAGAACACAUACUGGAGAGAAA